AUGUGUGAUCUGAUUUAAAUUAGUUCUGACUACCUUUCAAAGUAAGUACCUUCACAGCAACCAACUACUCCAUAGUCAUAGGGCACGAAUUCUACAACCUUGUCUCAAAAAAGCCAAACUGAUAACUUUGAAGCUAAAACUGAAGAUAGUCCAUCAACUUCAUCAUCAACUCAAACACUUCAACUGGUUGGCAACUUCUAUAAAAAUAUUGAUUCACAAGAAAAAUAAAAUAUAGCUGAUAAAGAUUUAAAAAAUGUGCCAACUUUACCAUCCCAAAAUGAUCCUAUCUAAAACCUGUACUAAGUUGACACUCUUAAGGAAAAAAUGAUUUAGUAAUAUUAAUAAUUAGAUAGAUUUUCACUGAUCCAAAUGUUAAUAGAAGAAAAGAAAAAAAAUCAUAAUCUACUUAAAGCCUAUACAAGAGAUACUGAAAAAUUAAAGUCUGAAAUUUUGUAGUUGUAAAGAGAAAUAAUACAAAAUCAAGAAAAAGAAUAUUAAAGCUUAAACAACAACAAUAAAAACCUCUAAAAUCACAAGCAUUCUCAAUCUGUUAAUCCCAACAUCUUUAAUUCAUGCAAAUCUGAAUAAAUUGAAAGAAUUUGUUAAAGCUGCGCAGAUUCAGGCUUGAAAAGAAUACAAUCUCCUAUAAAUAGUGCUUUUAAUUAAACCUUUUCAAAUUUACAAUAGCAGCUUUAACAAGAUUAAAUAAAUAACUUCGGAAGUGUUAAUUUAGUUCAAAGCUAUAGUUCUAGUAUAAGUAAUCCAACUUAAUUAAAUAAAUAGAAAUCAAAUGAUGAGAAAUAAUUUAUAUUUUCUAGUUAAAAUUCAAAGCAAAAAUUGCAAUCUAAUAAUUUCUUAUACAUUUAAGAAGCUAUUCCUCUUUCUUAGGGUUAAGGAUAGCAAAAAUAGAAUCAAAAAAAAGAAAAAAUCUCUCAAAGCGUGAAUCAAAUCAGUAACUCCAACCCUCUGAGUAAAUCAACUACUGAGUAUGAAUUAAAGUAUAGACAAACCGAAAAGCUACUUAAAUUCCUUGAAGAUUUAGUUAUCAAGUGUUCUCCCAGCAUCAUGUUCAAAGAUCAAUAAAAACCUAGUGAAAAACAAAUAUGGAAAUUUGUUAAGACUAUGACUGAAGAAUAUGUGAACAUGAAGAAAUAAGAAUUAAUUAAUUCUUAAAUAAUAAAUUCUUUAAAAGAUAUUUUUAAAGCCUCUUCAUUUGAAAAAGUAGUCCAACUAGCCAAGCUUUAAUGUGAAGAAGUAUCUAUUUUAAGAAAAAAAAUGUACAACCAAAAUUACCAGUAGCAAAUUCAAGUAUAAUAACAAUUUAGUAGUAUCAACAAUAGUAACAAUAUUUGA